GGUCGGCCAGGGAGGCCGGGCGGUACGUUCGCGCUGGUUGUGGUCGGUGCCGUGUGACGCCCAGUGCGGCCGUCCUCUGCCCAGCCUGGCGGUCUGAACUCGGCGCCGCCACCAUGCGCCUGCUGCGCUGCUGUCGAGGACCGCUGCGUCAGCUGGCUACCGGCUGCCGGCCGCUGAGUGCUGCUGCUGCGCGCGCCGCCAGCACCGGGAGCGCCGUGCCGGAGACGGUAGACACGUGCAUUAUCGGCGGUGGCAUCGCUGGGUGCAGCAUCGCCUACCAUCUGGCCAAACAGGGCCAAAAAGACGUGCUCCUGCUGGAGAAGACGGAACUGACCGCCGGCUCCACGUGGCACGCGGCUGGCCUCAUUACCUUCUACCACCCAGGAGUCAAUAUAAAACACAUCCACCACUACAGCAUGAACCUGUACGCCCAAAUUGAAAAGGAGACCGGACAGCAGGUAGGCUUCCAUCGCUGCGGCAGCCUCCGCCUGGCCACCAAAGACGAGCGCAUGGAUGAGUUUAGGUUUCAAAUGAGCCGAGCGGGGCACCUGAGAAACCCGCAGAAAAUGGUCACUCCCGAUGAAAUCUACGAGAUGUGCCCCAUCCUCAACAUGGAUCAGGUCAGGGGCGGUCUGUACAACCCCUACGACGGUCACAUCGACCCGUACUCGGUAACGCAGGCGCUGGCGGCGGGCGCGCGGCACUACGGCGCCGUGCUGCGUCCGCACACCGAGGUGACGGGCCUGCGGCUGCGAGAGGACGGCCGGUGGACGGUCACAUUGGGCCACGGCGCGCAGCUGACCGCCCGCCGGCUGGUCAACGCGGCAGGUUUCUGGGCCAAGGAGGUGGGCAAGAUGGCAGGGGAAGACCUACCGCUGGUGCCCAUCCACCACCAGUACGUGGUGACGUCGGCCAUUCCCGAGGUGAGGGCGCUGAAACGCGAGCUGCCCGUCCUGCGCGACCUGGAGGGCUCCUACUAUUGCCGUCAAGAGCGGGACGGCCUCCUGAUCGGACCCUACGAACACCAGGACAGCAUGAACCUCUCUGAGGACUGGGUUUUGCAAGGCGUACGAAAAGGUUUCGGCCGGGAGCUGUUCGCGCCUGACCUGGACAGGAUCGAGACCAACCUGGAGAUGGCCAUGGAGCGGAUACCGUGCUUUGGUCAGGCGAGCAUCCAGAGCGUGGUGAACGGGCCCAUCACGUACUCGCCGGACGUGCUGCCCAUGGUGGGGCCCACCCUGCUGCCCAACAUGUGGGUCGCCGUCGGAUUCGGGUACGGUAUCGUUCACGGCGGCGGUGUGGGCAAGUUUCUGGCCGACUGGAUGCAGCGCGGCGAGCCGCCCUACCACCUGAUCGAGCUCGACCCGGCGCGCUACGGCAGCUGGACCACCGACCAGUACAGUGUGGCCAAGUGCCGCGAGAGCUACGGCAUGAACACGGCACUUGGCUACCCCAGGGAGGAGCGGUUCGCAGGCCGGCCGACCAGCCGAGUGAGCGGCGCACACGAGCAGCUGGUGCGGCGCGGCGCCUCCAUGGAGCAGCACAACGGCUGGGAGCAGCCGGCCUGGUUCGCCGCGGCCGGCACCCGGCCCGCCUACCUGCCCAGCUUCCGACGCACCAACUGGCACCGGCGCGUGGCCGACGAGUGCGCCACUGUCAUGGACAGGGUGGGCGUCAUUGACCUCACACCAUUCGCCAAAUUUUACCUCUCUGGUAAGCAGAACGCCGCCAAACUGGCGAGAUCGGCCAGCGAACUAUG